AUGUGGAUAUGGCGGCACCCCAGGGCUGUUUGUGCUUCUUCUGACAGGCCAGAGGAGAUGUUGGGCGUGUUUGACGCAAGGGAGUGUUUUUUUUUUCCGGAAGGAGGGUUGGAGGUGAGGCAGACGAGGAGCGUUGAAGAUGGUGGGCAUGAGGGGAUCGAAAUGGUGGACGAGGAAAACGACGGGGAAAGAGAGGGUGAAGAACGACCCUACCUCAGCAAGAAAAUCUUCAUCAAAGCCGGGCCAGAUGAUCCCUUCCUUCGAUCACCUCAUCCACUGGAAUUCGAAGUCGAAUACACUACCAAGGGCAAAAGGGAAGGGGAAAGCAAAGGGGAAGUGACGAUUCACUUACCACCCGGCUUUACCAAUGAGACUCUCAACAAAGUCGCUGGCUCAACACCUCCCCUUUACCGAAAACCACACGAUAUGACAGAUACUGAGUUCCGCACCUUUUCCCUGUUUCGAUAUAUGGCCAUGGCUUUGCCAUAUCCCUUUCCCAGCUCCCCGUCAGAUGCCACUCCGCAUCUUCAUUCCGGACACUCCAGCCACGUAUGCUGGGGCUGCCUUCUCUCGUCUCGAGUAACUGAUUACCCCGCCGACCCGGAGCUUGCCAGUCAUGUGGGCGCGUGGAGGGAGCUGAGGAUGUGUACGAGCCACUACAGGAUGCUGGUGUACUCGAGGGAGGAGUAUUUGCAGCAUUUUCGGUGGUGUAGUCUGGCGCAGGAGAGGUGGGAGGCGACGAUCAAGAAUAUGGAUUUGAGGACGGGUGAGGAGGUGGUGCCGGAGGAGUAUGGGACUAAACCACUGGAAAAUAUGGAUAGUGGGGAGUGGGGAGUUGCUUGA